AAUAUUGAAAAGGCUUGUGAUAUCGUCUUGACAGAUAAUCUUGAUCUUAAGCAGGUCUAUGAGAACAAGGACCCGGACUUAUCUAUUGAAGAGGAGGUGAGCAUAGGUGUUGCUCGUCGGUUUAUAAGUGAUGUUAGUGACUGGAUCAAAUAUUUUUGA